AUGGCCCUGCGCUACCCCAUGGCCAUGGGCUUCAACAAGGGCCACAAGGUGACGAAGAACUUAAGUCAGCCGAGGCACAGCUGGUGGCGCGGACGCCUCACAAAGCACACCAAGUUCGUGCGGGACAUGAUCCCGGAGGUGUGCGGCUUCUCGCCCUAUGAGCAGCGGGCCAUGGAGCUGCUCAUGGUGUCCAAGGACAAGCGCGCGCUCAAGUUCAUCAAGAAGCGGGUGGGCAUGCACAUACUCGCCAAGAGGAAGCAGGAGGAGCUGAGCAACGUGCUGGCGGCCAUGAGGAAGGCGGCGGCCAAGAAGGACUGA